UUCUCCUAUAAAGCGAAGCCAUAGUGAGCAGAUGUUGAGUUUGUAAAUAACCAGAACUAAAAUGGCGUCAUUUGAUUUGAACGUGUUUCUAUUACUCUCUCUUUUAUCCAUUACUAACAUUACUCGUAUCGAUGAUCAUGUUAAAACUCUUCGUCUUCAUGACUUCUCUGAUUUCAAUAGAAGCAGUUUCCCAAAAGACUUUGUUUUCGGAACAUCCUCUUCUGCAUUCCAGUAUGAAGGCGCAGCAAGGGAAGAUGGAAAAGGACCUAGUAUAUGGGACACAUUCACCCAUACAAACCCAGAAAAAAUAAGAGACGGAAGUAAUGGAGAUGUAGCUGCAGACUCGUAUCAUCGAUACAAGGAAGAUAUUGGAAUCAUGAAGGACAUGAAUAUGGAUGCUUAUAGAUUUUCCAUUUCUUGGUCUAGAGUGCUACCGAAAGGAAAGCUUAGUGGAGGUGUAAACCAAGAGGGAAUAAACUAUUACAACAAUCUCAUCAACGAACUAUUGGCCAAUGGUUUGCAACCAUAUGUCACCAUUUUUCAUUGGGAUGUUCCUCAAGCCUUAGAGGAUGAGUAUGGAAGUUUUUUAAGCCCUCGCCUUGUAGAUGAUUUUAAGGACUAUGCUGAACUUUGCUUCAAGGAAUUUGGCGAUAGGGUGAAACAUUGGAUUACUUUGAAUGAGCCAUGGAGUGUGAGCAUGAAAGCUUAUGGUAUUGGAAUAUUUGCACCGGGUCGAUGUUCAGAUUGGUUGAACCUGAAUUGCUUAGGAGGUGAUUCAGGCACAGAACCAUAUUUCGCUGCACACUAUCAACUUCUCGCUCACGCCGCUGCUGUAAAACUGUACAAGACCAAAUAUCAGGAAUCUCAAAAUGGUUUAAUUGGAAUUACCUUACUCUCUCACUGGUUUGAGCCAGUGACUAAAGAGAAAUCGGACUGCGAUGCUGCACAACGUGCCCUUGACUUCAUGUUUGGAUGGUAUAUGGAUCCGAUUACAAAAGGAAACUAUCCAAAAAGCAUGCAAACUUUGGUUGGAAACCGAUUACCGAAAUUCUCCAAAGAAGAAUCCGAUAACCUUAAGGGGUCCUUUGAUUUUCUCGGCCUAAACUAUUACUCAUCCUCUUACGCCGCUGAUGCACCUCAUUUACGCGAAGCCAGACCCUACAUUCAAACUGAUUCUCUUGUUAAUACUACAUCUUUUGUGUUCCAAAAAAUAUUUGUAUACAAUACACAGGCUGCUUCCAACUGGUUAUGCAUUUAUCCUAAAGGACUUCGACAACUAUUGCUUUACAUCAAAAAUCAUUACAACAACCCUGUUAUUUACAUUACUGAAAAUGGUCGUGAUGAGUUGAAUGAUCCAACGUUAUCACUUGAAGAAUCUCUGAUAGAUACUUACAGAAUUGAUUACUAUUAUCGUCAUCUUUAUUAUCUUCAAACUGCAAUCAAGGAUGGUGUGAAUGUGAAGGGAUAUUUUGCAUGGUCAUUAUUGGAUAACAUGGAAUGGGAAUCUGGUAUGAGCUUGCGAUUUGGACUUGUUUUUGUUGAUUUUAAAGACGAUUUGAAGAGACACUCGAAACUCUCGGCGAAUUGGUUCAAGAAUUUCCUCAAGAAAUCUUAAACAUAUAUGUUUGGCAUAUUAUUCUAUCCUAUAUAAAUUGAGAUUUAGUAAAGCUCUUUUUAUUUUCUAUUGAAGCCAUAUUAUUCAAUCAUAGCCAUUGAUUCCUUAGCAGAAAAGUGUAAUUUGAAUUUUCCAUCUAAUUAGUUUGUUAUGUGAGCAAGCAUGAUUCUAUCCUAUAUAUAUAGAAUUGUAUUUUCUUCUAAAAUCAUCAAUGAAUAACAGUUAGAUUGUUACA